AAUGUGAUAGCGUUUUACGCAUCGGUCCUCUUCCAAUCAGUCGGCUUCGGCAGCGACGCAGCUCUCAUGGCGUCUAUAAGAUUGGGGAUGGUCAACCUCAGCUCCAUUUUCAUGUCAGCCGGUUUAGUGGACCGGUAUGGUCGGAGAGUUCUGUUCUUGCAGGGUGGGACCCAGAUGUUCCUUUGCCAGGUGGUCGUGGCUUCUGUUCCAGGGACUCAGAUAGGAGUCUCCGGGAACGAAACUUUGUCUAAAGACUAUGCCGUCUUGCCAUUGAUGUUGAUAUGCGCAUAUGCAGCUGGAUUUGGGUGGUCAUGGGGACCCUUGAGCUGGCUCAUACGAAGUGAGAUAUUUCCGUUGAAAAUCCGGCCAACCAGCCAAAGUAUAAGUGUUGCCGUGAACUUUGCUACAACCUUUGUGCUUGCACUGACCUUCUUGACAAUUUUAUGCCACUUCAAGUAUGGAAUUUUCUUGUUCUAUUCCGGAUGGAUUGCAAUAAUGACCGUAUUCAUUGCUUUUUUCUUGCCUGAGACUAAAGGAGUCCCUCUUGAGUCCAUGCACACAGUAUGGGAGAAUCACUGGUAUUGGAAAAGGUUUGUUAAACGGAAAUCAGCAGCGAUGACAUUGCCGAGACAAAUGGAUUGAUUUUUGCAUAUCACAUUCAUGCAGCAAUGUCAGAUCAUCAGUCUUUUUUUCUGAGCUAAAUAAAUUUAGUUC